GUGUCAGUCAUUCCACAGACUUUGAGGUGCACAGGAACUGGUUGGCGAUCACACACAGUCUCCCUGUGUCCAGGUGGUACCAUGAGAACUCGUCCGAGUGGACCCUGGACUACCCCCCACUGUUCGCCUGGUUCGAGUUCAGCCUCUCGCACGUGGCUCAGCACUUUGACAGAAAUAUGCUGCGGGUGGAGAAUCUGAACUACGCCAGCUCGUCCACGGUUCUCUUUCAGAGGCUGUCGGUUAUUUUCACAGACCUGGUUUUUAUCUUCGGUGCCAGAGAGUGCUGCAGGUGCGUUCAGGAGCAGAAAGGCUCUCGGGACGUUCUGACCCGUCCGUCCUUCGUCCUCGCCGUUUUGCUGCUCUUCAACUUCGGCCUCCUCAUCGUCGACCACGUUCACUUCCAGUAUAACGGCUUCUUGUUUGGUUUCCUGCUGCUGUCGUUGGCAAAACACCUGAAGUCUAAGCACCUGCAGGGGGCGCUGCUGUUCUCCAUCCUGCUCAACCUGAAGCACAUCUACCUGUAUGUGGCUCCGGCAUACGGCAUCUUCCUGCUGAGGAGUUACUGCUUCACUGAGGACAACAAAGACGGUUCUGUGAGGUGGACCAGUUUCAGUCCACUGCGUCUGAUUGGUCUGGGCACCAUCGUUGCGAGUGUCUGCGCUCUGUCCUUCGGUCCGUUCAUUAUGAUGGGUCAGCUGCCGCAGGUCCUGUCUCGUCUCUUCCCCUUCAAGCGGGGCCUCUGUCACGCCUACUGGGCCCCGAACGUCUGGGCCCUCUACAACGUGCUGGAUAAAAGCCUGGCGACCCUCGGCGUUCGUCUGAAGCUGCUGGACGAGACGCAGCUUCCUCGAGCCUCCAUGACGGGCGGACUGGUUCAGGAGUUUCAACACUCGAUCCUUCCCUCCAUCUCUCCCUCCGUCACGCUUGUCUGCACUCUGCUCUCCAUCCUGCCGGCGGCAGCGUCCAUCUGGCGGCGUCCUCGUGGUGCUCGAGGUUUUCUGCGCUGUCUGCUGCUCUGUGCUCUGAGCUCCUUCAUGUUUGGCUGGCACGUCCACGAGAAGGCUGUCCUCAUCGCUAUCCUGCCUCUGAGCAUCCUGGCGGUUGAGAGCAGAGAGGAUGCUGGGAUCUUCCUGGUUCUGACGACCACAGGUCAUUACUCGCUGUUCCCCUUGCUCUUCACCCCCGCAGAGCUGCCAAUCAAAGUCGUACUGAUGCUGAUUUUUACCAUUUACUCUUUCACUGCUCUGAGGAAACUGCACAGUGGUCAGGGCUCUGUGCUGCGCCCCCUGGAGGUUGUCUACUUGCUUGGUCUGGUUGCCGUGGCAAUCUUCUGUGAAGUCAUCUUCCCUCUGUCACCGUGGCACCAGAAGCUGCCCUUUCUCCCCCUGCUGGUGACCUCGGUGUACUGCUCCGUGGGCGUCUGUUACUCCUUCCUGCGUCUGUACGUCAGUCUGCUGAGGCGGGAGAAGUCCAAACAAUUCUGAGACGCCGUCGUUUACCCGAGAGGUUGCAGGUUAGAUCCCCAACACGACGACGCUCGUCUUUACAAAAACACAACAACUGUUUCUUCCUCUGGAUUUUUGACCAAACUUCCUCAAAGACGCCGUCAUUGGUUUGAGUAACAAACGUCACAUCAGCUGAAACUCGUUAACUCCCAACGAAACCACACAGACAUGACAGAGACAUCUUCUCUCCAGAGGAUCACUUCAACAGAUCAGCUCUGACUCUUCAGUGUCUGGAUCGAUCCGGUCUGUAUCAGCUGACAAUCAAUAUUAGAGGUCUGUCGCCCCCGUGUGGAUGAUACGUGACUGGAUGAGGAUACAGUCAGUAACUAACUGAAGCUGGUCGGAGGUCGGUGACAUCAUCUGUACAAACUGUGACAUCACAUCGAGUGAAUGAAACGUGAACAAAAGAGGAACUGAAACACUGAUGAUGAUGAAGAUGAUGAAGAUCUCUAUAUAUGAUCUUUUUCUAUAUUUUCAAAUAAAGAAGAAAACUGUCACGUUUAUGCUUGUGAUGAU